UCCGGAUGAGGAACUAGAGCGCAGUCCCGCCCACACACACUUGCCUAGCUGGAAAGGAAACAGUGCGCCGCCAAAAUGGCCGCUCUCUAUAACCGUAACGUCUGACGUCAGACACAAGCAGAUUUCCCUCACAGACAAAGAAUCUAUCAAAGCAGGAUGGAUGAAGCAGCAGGGGAUCUAAAACAAGCUCUUCCAAAUUUCAAUGAUUCACUUCAAGUACACGUAGAAGUACAUCAAAAAUCCAGCAGCACAGCAAAGACUGAAAAUGUAACAGCUCAUGUGAUGCAGUUGUUAAACAGACACAGCAUUGUAUUUGGUGAUUAUACUUGGACAGAAUUUGAUGACCCUUUAUUGGUGAAAAAUGUGAAUUCUGUGGCUGUUGUCGAUACUGAGCUAAAACUGAAGGACAGAAAGCCCAUUGAUCUUGAAAAGUGCAAUAUAUGUAUUCAUGUAUUUCAACUGAAUGAAGAAGGACCAAGUGCGGAAAACUUGGAAGAUGAAAGCGAAGAGCUUGUGGCGGCUAACCACUGGCUUUUACCUGCUGUUGACUUUCAUCGGUUGUGGGAAAGUCUGAUAUAUGACAGUGAAAUUAAGUCAAAUCUUCUAGAUUAUGUUACAACAACACUGCUGUUUUCUGACAAAAAUGUUGACAGCAAUUUGAUUGCAUGGAACAGAGUCGUUCUUUUGCAUGGUAUACCCCUUAACAACCCUAUUUUUACGUGCCAUCCAUUAGGUCCACCUGGUACUGGGAAAACAUCACUUUGCAAAGCAUUGGCUCAAAAGCUGUCCAUCAGGUUGUCAAGCAGAUACAGAUAUGGUCAACUCGUGGAGAUUAAUAGCCACAGUCUCUUCUCAAAAUGGUUUUCAGAGAGUGGCAAGUUAGUAACAAAGAUGUUUCAGAAGAUUCACGAACUAAUAGAUGACAAGGAUGCAUUAGUGUUUGUGCUGAUAGAUGAGGUUGAAAGCCUUACUGCAGCACGAAGUGCAUCUAGUGCAGGCACUGAACCUUCCGAUGCUAUUCGUGUAGUGAAUGCUGUUCUCACUCAGAUAGACCACAUAAGAAGGUACCCUAACGUAGUUAUACUGACAACUUCGAACAUUACUGAGAAAAUAGAUUUGGCCUUUGUUGACAGAGCAGAUAUAAAACAAUACAUUGGCCCUCCAUCACCUGCUGCAAUUUUCAACAUUUACAUUUCUUGCAUAGAAGAACUUAUGAAGCGCCAGAUAAUUUAUCCCAGACAGCAACUUCUUACUUUAAGAGACUUGGAAAUGAUCGGCUAUGUGGAGAACAAUAUAUCUAAGCUUAGUUUAUUGCUUAAUGACAUUUCCAGAAAAAGUGAGGGUCUCAGUGGUAGAGUUCUUCGGAAACUUCCUUUUUUGGCACAUGCCCUUUUUAUACAAUCUCCUACAGUUACAGUAGAAAAAUUCCUUGAAGCUCUUUUACUGGCAGUGGAAAAGCAGUUUGAAGAAAGAAAAACCCUUAUGGAAAGUACCUGAAAACUAUUCUAAUAACCCAGAAGAAGACACUAUAAAAUCUUACAACAAUGACAUUUGAAAACUACUUUUUAAUAUAUUUUUGGUUACGAAUUUGUGUAUAAAGUGUUUAUUUCACUGUCUUUGUAUUAUUAUGUUUUAUGGUAGAAGUGGCAAAAAAUAUUACAGGUUAGAGUCAAAGCAUAUUGAAGAAGAUUUAUAAAAACUAGUAUAAAAUAAAGCUAUUGCACAUAACUACUAGCUUUUUUUUU